AUGAUGCAAGACCCGACCACUCCGAUGCCACUGCCAGCUGAUGAAUUCAUCGGAAGGACGCAGACGUCUCUCAAGCUCAUGUUCAGUCAAAUGCUUCUUUUCUGGACCACUCUAUGGGCUGCAAAGUUUUCUAUCCUUUUCUUCUUCCGUCGUCUACUGAACGGGUUACCCAGAUACAUCAAAGCGUGGUGGGCAUGCUUUACCAUGGUUUUGCUAUUGUAUCUGGCAUGCAUGCUUUCCAACUUCCUAACUUGCAGGCCACUACCAAAAUAUUGGAGUGCUACCGGCUGCAGUGAUCCCGAGGACCUCGUUCGAGCAGAUACAUCCAUCAAGUUUGCAACCAGCGCAGACGUCGUUGCAGACGCCAUCAUCAUGAUCCUCCCCCUCAAUCUGCUCCGCAAGCUUCAAGUUUCUGCACUCCAGAAGUUCGGUCUGGCCGUCAUCUUCUCGCUCGGAACCAUCAUUAUAGCAUUUGCCUUCGCUCGCCUCGCACAAGUUACGAAAGCCACUUCCAAAGUCGCCAGAGACCCUAGCACCGUUGCUGAUGGCCCCGUGCUCUUGAGCAUGUGGAGUCACAUCGAGUCGUCUGUGUCCAUCAUCGUCGCAACACUGCCUGCUUUCCGUUACCUGCUCAAUGGCAAGAUUGGCCGGACGCAAGGCAGAUCCAACACUCGCGAUUGUAGCAGAGGGAGGCAUUUCAGCUACGAAGCUAAGAGCAGGCCUAGGCGUGUGUUGAGCGGGCAAUGGCCUGGAACUACAAGCAGGAGUAUGGGGAGCCAUGAUAAAAGUGGGAUGGCAGACAAUGAUUGGGGCAGCGAGACGAAAUUGGGACCUAUUGCAGGUACUGAGAAGCGCAUAGAUUAUACUCUUGAAAGUGCACCCAGGAUCCCUACCACAGAGACUUAG